AUGUUGUCCAACUUUUCCUUGACUGUAUUUUUGGGUUGCCUUUGGACGGUGCGUGCUGAUGAUGGCUGGUGUAGAGCAUCACCGCAGGCGGGACUUCCCCAGUAUGCCCGGUGUCUUCCAGUCGACCAAGCGGUGGCCCGCUAUGUAAUUGACGUCUCGCCUCUCUCCUCAUUCGGGCUAGAGCUAAAGAGUGACCUGAAGAUCGUAAUCGAGGGCUCCAACGGCAGGCGUACAAAACCCAUUUCAAUAGCAUCAGUUGGCGGGGGUACAAACAAACGGGUGACGGCAGAUCGCGUCGACGUUAGUAAUCCCGAAGUGAUCCAUGCCUACCUGACCAGCCCAACUGCGUGGUCUUGCCGGCAACUGACUGUUUGGAAGGAUUUUCGUUACUGGAUUUUCGACUGUGGGGCACCACUAUCCGCACUAAAUCCGGAAGCAACCUUUACACUGUCUGGCAGCAAAGUAUACGAUGUGACCAUACUGACCGGCCCGGAUCCAAAAGGCGGCACGCACCACCGUCCGCGAAUUACUCUGAUAGGGUCGUUACGCUCAUCGGGACAGAAGGUUCUUGAAGGCAGCUUCCCUCCCGGGAGCAACAGGACUUUCAAGCUGCAGGCAGCCGAUGUUGGAUCGUUGGAAGCGGUGGUUGUGUCUAACGAGUCCACCAUGGCUCCUUGGUUCUGCAAACACGUGACAGUUCGUACUGACGGAGAUGCGGCGAGUUUCAAAGUGUCACGAUGGAUUGGGGCCCCCCAUCCAUCCUCAGCCUAUGUCCCGCGGUACCCCUCUGGACUGGAGCUAGCAGCUCAAGACGUAGACUGCCACACGCGCGCUGCAGAUAUAUUUGAAGGGAACCCGAGCGUCAUGAAUGUUGCAAAGGUUCACUGUCCAAUGAACUGUCAAGCUUCUGAAUUCGCCCACACACAGGGCGCGUCGCUUCACCCCGCGUCUUCCUCCAUCUGCACUGCUGCUAUACUGGAUGGUCUGCUCACUGCCUCCGGAGGCGAUAUUGUAAUCACAGCUGUGGGGGCCGUAGAGCAAUACUCCGGAGUUGCCUUCAACGGUAUUGAGUCCAUCGACUUUGCGUACUUCCCAGAAAGGCAGCAAUACAGCUUCUACCUGUACCUUGUCGAUUCGAUCGAUCUGAUCGAGACAACCGUUCGCAUUGUAAACGAGUUUGGCCAACUAUCGUCUGUUGGACGAUUGGAAAUGAAGAAUGGUGAAACUUGGGGAAGCGUUUGCAACAAGGGAGAUUACCUGACAUUUUCGCCACAAGCGGCAAUAAUCGCGUGUCAGGAACUAGGAUUCAAGACUGGCAUGCCCUUAGUAGAUGGCUGCAAAGACGUCGAGGGGGCGAACUUGUGCGCCGAAAAGGGGUACCCGGUCGCCAGUGCAGUCGAUAAACAGUGCAAAGGAAAUGAGUCUACCCUGUCCGCCUGCACGGCCGAGAAGCCUACGGCUAUGUGCAUGGAGCAUAGAGACGAUGUCGUAAUCAAAUGCACCAACACCGUGUCUGGCGUGGAGCCUCCGCCUGGGACUAUACGCAUUGUUGGCCCGACUGGCACUCCCUCAAAAUCUGGCAUUGGGCGGCUCCAGUAUUACAACAACGGUUUUGGCAGUGUAUGCUCGGACGGAUGGACUCUACAGUCUGAGCAGGUUGCAUGCCGUCAGAUGGGUUAUAACAGUGUGAAAGAUAAAGGUCCUGGAAAUGAGAGCUGCUCCAGCAUAAUGGGGGAGAACUAUUGCGGCGAGGAACAGGAGAGAAUCGUUGCCGUGAAUUUUGCCUGUACAGGCAGAGAGACAUCCCUUGAUCAGUGCCCCCAUAAUGUUAGCGACGAUGUGUACUGCGUUCAUGAUGAAGACGUGGUGGUUGCCUGCGAGGGCGAUGGUGAUCCCUCUGGGGUUGGGGCGUUCCGCAAAGAAGAAGCCGUUGUUCAGAAGAAACAGUUUUUGCGGUCACUGCCUCUGACAUGCUUCGACAGCCUUGAAACGCACCAGGGCUUGGGGGGCCCUCCAGGAACAAUGCACUUGAUAGUGUGCCCAUCGAAAUGCGGGUAAGCUCGGUGGCAUGUUUCUGCAACUCCAGAAAACAUUGGGAACCAUGUGUGGCCUUCCAGGUCGACGGGAGCAGAAGUCAAAGGGGCAUUCAUCUAUACAGGAGACUCAUCAAUAUGCCGAGCGGCAAUCCACAGCGGGGCAAUUACCCAAGACGGUGGCGAGUGCGUGCUUGUCGUUGGUCAUGCGCAACACCAUUUUUCGGCGCUAGAAAUGCACGGGAUUCAAAGCGAAGAGAGCGGGCCGUAUGGCAGAUCAUUCACCGCUGCGCGAGUGGACCAGUCGGUGCACAGCCUCUUGAUCUCUGGCCAUAAGCCCUCCGCAGAACACACAGUGACGCAUUUUCCGCCCCAAUCCGCGAUGACGAGAGGGGCAGGGCAGCAGCAGCAAUCCUCUAUUCAGCAGCCAGCACCCCAUCCGCAGGACGCUACAAGCGCUGGCAUAGGGCCUGGCAUGGCCAUGGCAACACCAAGCCUCCCUGGGGGAACGAAUCCGCAGGCAGAAGAGGCUGCUCGUGGAAGCUACGGUCCGACGGGUGCAGCAGCAGCAGCAACUGCAGCACCACCUGGUGAUGUCAAGCAGACCAACAGCGCGGUGCUUCUCUCAUACAAAGAUGCAACACGCAUGAUGGAACUGCACACUCCACCAGCUCCUCAAGUCGCAGAUAUUUUCCACUGGUUUCCACCAGAGGGACACAAAGGCUUCCACGGAAGACCUGAUGACUUCGUGGAUACAUCAAGCAUGGCGGAAGCUAGUCUGGUGUCCUCUAUUAGGGAUUUUACUAUCGUAGUUCGCGCCUCCGUUACUGGGGGGGAAGGGCAGUGGCGCACGCUCGUUGCACACAGCGACUGUGACGGCUUUUCUUUGGUGAUAGAUCAGGCGGAUGAACUUAUUUUCGAGCAAACCUGCCACCCGCAUCAACUUAAGUCUGGCUUCAAGCCCAAGAUGGGAGAAACAUUCGAUGCGGCGGUGUCCUUCUCCACGAGCAGCCGGCUUGUUCAGCUCUUUGUGAAUGGUGCUCUAGUAGCAUCGGAGAAGGCUGACUUUGACAUGAGCCUGAGAGGAAGAAUGAUGAUUGGGAGGGCCAGUGCAGCGGAGGCGGACUACUUUCAGGGCGAUAUCCUGGGGGUCAAGCUCUAUAACCGGGAAGUUCCCGUGGCAACGAUUCGGAAUGCUUUCACUGCUGAAACACUCACUGUUCAUCUCCCACAAGCCCCCGGGGAGAGCAGAAGAACGGAAGAUGGGAGACUGUGUCUUUCUCCGUGUACUGCCCAAAGACCUGCAUGGGCAGACGAGGCUUCACGGCCUACUAAGCCUGCAGUUAUGCUCUCGUGCACCGAUUCUCUCCGGCGACACGAGUUCAACGGCUAUGUCGGGCAGAAAGUGCUUGCCCACUGUCCCCCCGACUGUCUCCACGCAAGCGGACCGCUCGAAGGCUGCAAAACUUAUACUUCGAAAAGCUCCAUAUGCAAGGCAGGGCUGCACUCGGGAGCCUUACCGAAGGAGGGGGGGGAGCUGGUGGUCGUCGUUGCAGAAGGUCUACCGUCAUACGACGCUUCGCAAGGCCAUUUCGGCAUCCGCAGCACGCACAGCACAACCCCAGAACUUCGGUCCUUCUCCGUCGAAGCGGCCCCCCCUUUCCGAGUACUAACGUGCGACAUGAACGGCUUAUUUACCCUAAAGCUCGGCGUUGAAGAACGGGAGCUGAUUGUCUGCCCACCCGGAUGCGCCUCAAGUACCAGCGCUCCAGUGUAUGGAAGCGGAUUCUACAGCCCUAUCUCCUCUGUCUGCCGCGCUGCGAUCCACGCGGGCGCUUUGGUAAGUGCAACACAGGAGCUCUGUCGCAUGCACAACGUAACUGUGUUUUCAGAACGACGCGGGGGGGGAAGUGGAGAUAAUGGCGACACAGCAGCCCGAGGAGCGGCCCUCGGCAGAGAGUGUAAAGCCCGCCAACAGAGAAGAUGA